AUGCCAUCCUCAACCGCCAUGGACUCGUACGCUGCUCAAAUCGCUGCUCCCAUGACGGCGCUGCAGCGUAAGCAAUUGCUCAAGCAGCUUCAGUCGCCCGAGGCCAUCAACAGCCUCCGCCGUCCAGAAAUCCUUAUGGACUUCUUCACCGACAGUCUCGACACCCGGGAUUUGAGCCUUGCGGUGCCAGCUCUCACCGGCCUCUUCCAUCUCAUCACCACCAAGAACCUCGACUACCCCUCCUUUUACCCUCGACUCUACGCACUGCUUGACCGGGAUCUUCUACACAGCAAAUACCGCAGUCGGGUACUGCGGCAUCUCGAUGUCUUCCUGUCCCCGACGAACCACUUGCCGGCAGCAACAAUUGCGAGCUUCAUCAAGCGGCUUUCGCGGCUGUGCCUCUUUGCCCCUCCAUCCGCCAUCGUGGCCAUCAUUCCCUUCAUUUACAACCUUCUCAAGCAGCACCCCACCACGACCUUCAUGAUCCACCGCAAUCCAUACCCUCCUUACACAAAGUUCAAGCACAACCUUGGCAACGACCCCUAUGACCCGAACGAGCCGAAUCCGCAACUUACCAAUGCCAUCGACUCCUCGCUAUGGGAGCUCGAGACAUGCCAGUCGCAUUACCACCCCACGGUGGCGAGCAUCGCUCGGAUCAUCUCCGAGCAAUUCACAAAGCAACAGUACAAUCUCGAGGACUUCCUUGAUCACGGCUAUGCCACACUGCUAGAGAGCGAAUUCAAGAAGAAGGAGAAGAAGCCACCCGUCGUAGAGUACAAGAUCCCCAAGAAGAUCUUUGCUCCCGCAGAUGAGAGUGAAGAUGAUGCUACUGGGCAAGACAAUGGUAUGGACGAGUUCCUGGACAUGUGGGACUUUGAGUGUUAG